GGAUUUUAUCCAGAUAAUGAGCUGAACCACAUUUAGAUUGUUGCUGGAGUCAACAAUUUAUUACAGCCAUGUUCUAGGAACCUUUAAGAAAACAUUCAUGAAUGUGGGCCAAAUUUCUGGCCCUCUACCAAUGCGACCUUGACACAGAACUUGAGUUAUUCCAAAAAUCCAACAGUAACGGAUCUAUUGAGUUAUGCAGCUUAGACAAUCAUAACGCAUCACCUCGACACAUUAUCAACACAUCCAAGCUUGCUAACAAAAUCAUUACUUGCAUAAAUUUUAUUUACUUUACAUUUUUAUUUAGUAUUAAUCUUUUUAACACAACUGAUGUAGGAAAGUGAUUACACUCUAAAUCAUCACUUUUUUAUGCAAGAGAGCCAGUCUUACAAAGAUGGCAAUUAUGCCCUACAUGAUGAGAUUUUGCAUUGUGGUAAAAGUCUUGAAAGUAGUACGAUU